CUCCCGGGUCCAAAGCCUCCCGAUGCUUGCAGCAGCCAUGGCCAUGGCUUUCAAGAUGGCAACCAAGGGGAUGAGAGUAACGGAGGAGUGCUGGCGAUCAUUCAUGGCGAUGAAGUGGAAAAGAGUGCACCGAUACGUCGUGUACAAGAUCGAUGAGAGGUCGGGGUCUGUGAUGGUGGACAAGGUGGGAGGUCCCGGCGAGGGAUAUGAAGAGCUUGCUGCCUCCCUUCCUGACGACGACUGCCGCUAUGCUGUCUUCGAUUUCGACUUUGUCGUCGACAAAUGCCAGAAGAGCAAGAUCUUCUUCAUUUCAUGGUCUCCAACUGCAUCAAGGAUAAGAGCAAAGAUGCUGUAUGCCACCUCAAAACAAUGGUUGAGGAGCGCGCUGGAGGGGGUCUGCUAUGAGGUGCAGGCCACAGAUCCUACCGAGAUGGGGUUUGAUGUUAUCAGAAAAAGGGCCCAAUUGCCCAAUGAGCAGCUAUAAACUGCCCAAUGAGCAGCUAUAACUGCGUGCUGGCUGUGCUUGUCUAGUUGCUUAUCGUCUAUAUUUUAGAUGUGUCUUAUGUAACCAUUAAGCUCACCAAGGAGGGAGGCCUCGUAACCUCCCAUUUGUCAUUUGUGUCAAUAUAGUGGCUUGUAUCGUUGUGAUGUGAGAAUAAAGACAAGCAUGGUUGUUCUCUCUUUAAAAUAAGGUAAUCAAAGGUUCUCUUGGUGGG